GGUUUGGCCGGUUUGGCGUCGUCCAUCUUGAAUCUUGGAGGCUCAUGUUCGAUUUGAUAACGUUUCGUUUCGUGAUAUUAUAUUUCCCAAUUUUAAAUUUCUUCUGCUCAUCGUGUUUUUAUUUAUUAAAAAAUAAUUAAUCCAUGGAAAUUAUGGUUUCGAAUCUAUAUGCCUUGUGUACAUGGAAUAAUCCAUACUGCAUACGUUAUUGAAACACAUUAAUCGAGUUCAUCAAAAACGUGUAUUGUGAUUUAUCAAUAUGGAUUUCGCUCAGCCCCCGCCUAAUUUGAACAUGCCGCCCCCCAAUUUGACGGCUCCCCCGAUGUUGGGGAUGCCAGGAAUGCCAGGUUUCAAUAGCAGGCCUCCAUUCAGACCAUUCAUGAAUCUACACCACAAACCCUUACCUGGCCCAUUGGGCAACAUGACCUUAGAAGAUUUUGAUGGCAAAAGACUUAGAAAGUCAGUAAUGAGGAAAACUGUUGAUUAUAAUGCUGCAAUCAUUAAAGAAUUAGAGAAUAGGGUAUGGCAAAGAGACUAUAGAGAUAGACGUGCCCUACAACCUGACCCAAUGUACUACCCUGAUCUGAUGCCCCCUCCCAGUUACCCUGAUAACCCCAUCAACUGUGUGACUACUAGAUUUGUCAAGACAGCCACCAAUAAGAUGAGGUGUCCUAUUUUUUGUAUGGCUUGGACACCUGAGGGUAGAAGGCUUGUCACUGGAGCCAGUUCAGGGGAGUUCACCUUGUGGAAUGGUUUGACAUUCAACUUUGAGACCAUCUUACAGGCUCACGACAGUCCUGUGAGAACGAUGGUGUGGAGCCACAAUGACAGCUGGAUGAUAACUGGGGACCAUGCGGGCUAUGUCAAAUACUGGCAGUCUAACAUGAACAACGUGAAGAUGUUCCAGGCUCACAAAGAAGCCCUACGUGGCAUAAGCUUCAGCCCUUCAGACACCAAGUUUGUAACGUGUUCAGAUGAUGGGACGCUACGUAUAUGGGAUUUCUACAGGUAUCAAGAAGAAAGAAUACUGAGGGGUCACGGAGCUGAUGUCAAAUGUGUCCAUUGGCACCCCCAAAAAGGCCUUAUCAUUUCUGGCAGCAAAGAUAACCAACAACCGAUCAAACUGUGGGAUCCUAAAACAGGUCAAUCUCUGGCUACUCUACACGCCCACAAAUCGACCGUGAUGGACCUGAAAUGGAACGAGAACGGGAAUUGGCUGAUAACGGCCUCUAGGGACCACUUACUGAAGCUCUUCGACCUGAGAAAUCUGAGUCAAGAGGUGCAGACCUUCAGGGGGCACAAGAAAGAGGCGUCCAGCGUGGCGUGGCAUCCCGUGCACGAGGGGCUCUUCGCCAGCGGGGGCUCAGAUGGGGCCAUCAUGUUCUGGCACGUCGGUGCUGAUAAAGAAGUUGGGGCAAUCGAGCAGGCACACGACAGCAUAGUUUGGACCCUGGCUUGGCAUCCCCUUGGACACAUACUGUGUUCGGGGUCCAACGAUCACACCAGCAAAUUUUGGACCAGGAACAGACCAGGAGACCAGAUGAGAGACAAGUACAAUUUGAACACGUUGCCCGCUGGAAUAGCAGGACUGGAGGACUUGGAAAUGGGUGAGGAACCGGUUUCGAUCAUCCCGGGUAUGGGACCAGAAGACAAAGUGGAGAUAACCUCGAUCAUCACGGAUGAAAAUCAAGCGAUUCCAGGUUUGGACUUGGACAAUGUGGUGAACGAAUCUGAUAAGCAGAAACCGAAGAAGGUGCCCUUCAGCAAACCCAUCCCACGGAAUUUCCAGGCCCAGUGGAAUGAAACCACUGAUGAUACUGCUGGUUCUCUUAAUGAAGUCAUUACACAGCUGGUGGAAAAUACUCCGGGAGUUGUCCCAUUGGGACAAAUAGCACCAAACGCGAUUAUCGUUUAUGGAAAAUUGAUACCAGUAGAACCCGGAUCCGCCCUGGAAAAGGCCAUCUCCGAAGGGCCCGAAGCCCUCCAAAAGUACAUCGAUUCCGGCGAGAUCGAAGAGCUGCGCGACGUCAUCCCGAUGAACGACUCCGAAGACUACCUCAACGACUCGAUGGACGACGACGAUCCCACCAAAAACGCCGACUCGGACAUGCGUCACACCGACCAGGACAUGCGCUUCAAGCCCGGCAGGGACAACGACAUGCGCAACAUGGCCGACGUCCGUAAACAGAGCAACGACGUGGACUUCCGCAACCGCAGAGACAGCGAUAUGCGCAACACGCCCAUGGACCAGGACUUCCGCUUCAAUCGCGACGAGGACUUCCGAACCAACUUCGAGGACGACGAGGAGUUCUAUGAGGAAGAGCCGCCGUGGCAGCGCAACGGAAAUUUCAACAAUUUCCGGGGCAGGGGGCGUGGCGGCCUCGACAGAGGGCGUGGCCUCCCCGACAGGGGGCGUGGUAUGCACGAUAGAGGGCGUGGCAUUCCUGACAGGGGGCGUGGUCAUCUGCCGGACAGGGGCCGGGGCCACAUGCCGGACAGGGGGCGCGGCAUCCCUCCCAGAGGCAGGCCGUUCAACCACGCCUUCCGAGGUAACCACGCCUUCCAGCCCAACGACGGCAACUGGAACGAGAACGAAGAUAACUGGGAGGAGCCCAAUGACGACGAGUGGGAGGAGCCGAACGACGACAAGUGGGCGGAGCCGAACGACGACUGGGACGACGACGUCAACUGGAACGACAACGACAAUGAGGAGUGGCAGGAAGCGCCCGCGUCCGAUUUCCGGGGGCGGGGCAUGCGUAGACCCGCCCCCAGAGGCCAGCGGGGCAUGCAGAGCGUGUCGCCCAGAGGCAGGGGGCGGGGCGCUGUGCGGAGACCCGCGGGCGGUCCAAGGGGGCGUGGCAACAGAGGGCCUGGCAGGAACAAGGGGGGGAACAGAGGGGGCGGGGCGAAUAGGGGAGCGAGAGGGAAUCGCGGGAACAGGGGGCAAGGUCCGAGGGGUAAAUUUUCCUGAGCGGUGUUUCGGAAGGAGAUCGGUUGGAUGUUGUACUUUCGAUUAUUUUUUAUAUUCAAUUUUGUGCAGUGAGGAAGUGGAACUGUGAGUGGUGGAAUAUUACCGGGAAACAGCGAUUUUUCUUUCGCUAGGUACCGAAAUGUUUCUCAUUUUAGUUGAUUAUCCAUUAUGAUGAAUGAUAUUUCAUUGAUUGUGUCUUAUUGCAGAAGUUUUUGUUUUUGUAAAUAAUUAAAGUAGUUGGAAAG